GUUAACAAGACCAAUGCGAGGCUCAUCUCACACUUCAACCUCACCACCCAGCACCACAGCCAUGCGCCGCUAGUCAGCCAACACGCUGCCCUUCCCAUGCCCUACAUAACUCCAAUCCUGCGCAACCUUUUUAGGUCGUCCAGGCUCAGGUUCACGACCAAAUCCACGCCACCGUCGCCGCCAUCAGGACCACCACCCCCUUCCAACCCCUCCCUACCCGUACCACCAGAUAAUGGCCAUCCCAGGGACGCCCCUUCCUGGCUAGGCCACCCCUUCCGCGUGGCGCUGCACACGCUCAAGUUUAUUGCCUUCGCCCACCUCAUCUGGGAAUACGGCAUCUCCAUGUCGCCGGCCUCGGGCCCGUCCAUGCUGCCGACCUUCGAAGUACUGGGCGAGUGGCUGCUGGUCUCGAAGCUGCACCGUUUCGGUCGGGGGAUUACGGUUGGCGACGUGGUGGCGUACAACAUCCCCAUCAACGAGGAGGUUGGCGUGAAGAGGGUGCUGGGCUUGCCCGGAGACUACGUGCUGAUGGAUACGCCUGGGGAAGGAGGAGGGGCGAUGGCGAUGGGGACCGGGGGCGGGAACAUGAUCCAGGUGCCACAAGGUCAUUGCUGGAUUGUGGGAGAUAACCUGGUUGCGUCCCGAGAUUCGAGGUACUUCGGUCCUGUGCCUCUAGCACUAAUCCGGGGCAAGGUCAUUGCGACGGUCCGGCCGUGGUCAGAAAUCAAGUGGAUUACCAACCCCUUGCGAAAAGCACACCGGCCAAUCGAGUAAUAGUUCGGGGACUGCUAUGUAUGUAAUAAACAGUUCAUCUGACAGCUUACGACCUUCGAGAACGUCUCCACAUACAGAUAGGUAUU